UGCUAUUGGGCCGAAUUUCAAAAGCCUCACUCAAUAAACCCAAAAUCUUUGUCUGUUCGUCGUUUCCCCUUGCCAUCUUGUUCUCCCCCCCCCGUCACUUUCCAGAACAAAAUCAUAGAAACUGAAAGAUUGAAUUUUUGUUCUCUCGAUCAUUCAUAUCUUUCUUUGCAAAAAAGUUACUGAUUCAAGUGCAUUGGGAUGGAACAAGAAGUAGGGGAAUCCUUGAUUCAGCUGGGGAACUCAGAUGGUUCUAAUUCUAGCAGCUCAGAUCCGGUAACUCGUGUAAGGAAGCUAUUGUUUCGCCGGAUGCUGGUGGGCAUCAAAGACGGCCGGUUUUUCUUGGGCACUUUCCACUGCCUUGACAAGCAAGGGAAUAUCAUUCUCCAAGAUACAAUAGAGUAUCGUAGUACCCGUCGGUCUUCUCCGUCUCCUAUGGAGCAACGAUGCCUUGGUCUUGUUCUAAUCCCUUCCUCUUGUCAGAAUUCCUGUCAUGUGGAUUGCUCCGUUGAGGAACAGUUGUCACUGCUGAAGGGAAUUUGAUCUUGCACUCAGAUAACCUGCAUUUAUAUAAUCCAUAUGAUAUUCUUUGGUUGGCAAAAAUGAUAUAAAGGAGCUUCAGUCAUGGAGUAUGUGUUUGGUAA